UGCGCUGCAUUGGACAUGUCUUCGUUUGGUUAUGUUUUAGUCUUGUGGGAGUGAGUUAUAUUAGAGGUUUGUUUUUCAUUUUUUCACAUACAGUGUUGUGGGACAUGUUGGGCUUAAGCUGAUCCCUCGUUGAUGAUUUCACGGCCUAUUUAUGGCCAUUUAAGUAAGCGCGACGCAGAAAGUUGCCAUGCUUGGUCGCAUACAUGGAGUUUGCCACUUUCUCUGUCUUAGCUUUACUCCUUAACGUCGCCGACACUUCAGGGACUUCGUAUGUUAUCCAAGUAGAUGUGGGGAAACCAGUAGGAGAUCUUAAACACUUCUGGAGAAGCACCGGUUUCUGCCCCCCACUCCCUCACACCCAGUCCCACCAGUUUGACCUGAGCAUCGAUCAGCAGCUGAACCUGGCCUACGUGGGCUCAGUCCCCCAUGGAGGGAUCCAGCAGGUCAGGAUACACUGGAUGUUGGAGCUGGUCACAGCACAGGAUAUUGGAGGACAAGCUCAGUACAACUUCACUAAACUGGACCAGCUGAUAGAACUCUUGUGGAUUAAUGGACUUCGACCAGGUUUUGAACUUAUGGGCAGUGUUUCUAACUACUUCACUGACUUUGAGGACAAAUCACAAGUGGUCGAGUGGAGAAAUCUUGUUUAUCUCAUAGCCAAGAGGUACAUCGGCAGGUAUGGCCUGGGAAGUGUUUCACAGUGGAACUUUGAAACAUGGAAUGAACCCAACAACCAUGACUUUGAUAAUGUCACCGUGUCAAUUCAGGGGUUUCUAAACUACUAUGACGCCUGUUCAGAGGGUCUGCGCGCUGCCAGCAACCUCCUGAAGUUUGGGGGUCCGGGAGACUCCUGUCACCCCUCCCCACACUCGCCGUACUGCUGGGCCAUGCUGCAGCACUGCUACAAUGGCACCAACUACUUCACUGGAGAGACUGGGGUCAGGAUUGACUUCAUCGCCCUGCACAAGAAGGGGGGAGGCUAUUCAUUGCCCAUCCUCCAGCAGGAGAUCCAGACGGUGGGGGAAAUCCAGGAGCGUUUCCCCCGGUUCCGCAGCCUCCCUGUGUACAAUGAUGAGGCGGAUCCUCUGGUGGGCUGGUCCAAGCCUCAGGGGUGGAGGGCUGAUGUGACCUAUGCUGCCAUGGUGGUGAAGGUAAUACACCAGCACCAGGAUUUGCUGCUGGCUGACCCGAACAGCACCAUCAACUACACCCUGCUGAGCAAUGACAAUGCCUUCCUCAGCUACCACCCACACCCCUUCACCCAGCGCACGCUGACCGCACGCUUCCAGAUCAACAACACCAAGUCGCCUCAUGUCCAGCUCAUCAGGAAGCCUGUCCUUACCGUCAUGGGCCUGAUGGCUUUGCUAGGAGAGACCCAGGUCCUGGCUCAGGUUCGCAACUUAGCAGGAAGCAACAGCAGCACAGUGGGAGUUCUCGCCAGCAGUCACAAGCCCUUGAUGCCGGGCGGCUCAGACAGUUGGCAGGCAGCAGUGCUGGUCUACAACAGUGAUGACAACAGCACCUCCACCAACACAGAUGAUGUCACCAUCUCACUAAAAGGACUGACUGCACAAAAGGGUCUUGUGUAUGUCACAUAUCGCAUGGACAACAGUAUAACCAACCCGUACCAGGUGUGGCAGAGCAUGGGCAGCCCAGACUACCCCACAGCAGAACAGUUCAGACACCUCAGGAGUGUGGAGGACCCCCAUGUUGAGGGACCCUGGGAAGUUCCUGCUGGGGACGCUCUGAUUCUAAAAGCCAAACUGUCUGUGCCCUCCAUUCUCCUCAUCCACGUUUGUGCCCAGCCCAAGGCCGCGCCAGACCAGGUUAAUGGAUUACGCUUCAUCGGGAUCACCAAAGGCCAAGUCCUGAUUGUCUGGUCUGAUCACUGUGUUGAUUCAAAAUGCAUCAAGACAUUUGAAGUUGAAUUCUCCACAGACCAUGAGAAAUUCAGCAGGGUCAAUAAACAGGACACCAUUUUUACUGCAUAUGUUUACUCACCUGUGGACCAAAAAGUUUGCGGUCUGUACAGAGUUCGAGCUGUGGACUACUGGGGAAGACCUGGACAGUACUCGCUGCCAGAGAAGUAUUCAGAGGAGGACUAGACCAGGACCAAGUCUGGAGGCCAGGCUCUGCUCCACGCAGGCCAGAAACAACAUCACCAGGGCAAAGAUUUGGAAGUCCAUCCUACGCGACAACCCAAGUAAAGCAAAUGUCAAUUUUCUUGAUUUAGAUUUUUUAAUUUACAGUUGUUUGAAGAGGCUGCACACAGCUAAAGCAAAAUAUCACUCUAGCCACUCUGUUCAGCUGGUCCCCACAAUGCUGCAUCUCCUUACCUGAAGUGUAGAAUGAAGCAGCAGGAGGUUUUCAGUGCAGAGCUGUAGCAGUGUCUGAGAUGUGGUGAGAAGAUGGAGCGUCAGUCUUUUAUACCUGUCGUACAGACGGGCUCACUGAUUAUUUUCACUUCUUGAACCUAAAUGCAGAGUUUAAAUCUACUGUUAAUCCUGUUAACAAAAUCCCCCGAUGUAAGCUGAUGAACCCUUGCAUUCAGCAGUGUAUAGGCUUUAUGUAAUUGUUUUCAGAGCUACAUAAUAGGAUACAUAAUAGCAGAUGCCCCGGGGGGGCAGAGAGGUGCCCUGAUCCUCAAGUCACACGUCCACAGUCCAGGUUUUUACAUGAGCAAACAGAUGUAUUUUGGGCUCUAAGGUCACAUGGAAACUUAAAAUAGGACAAAGUGUUAAUAGUACAGAUUUGUUGAGUUGGUAGAAAAAUGUGACUAUAGGAUGAAUGAAACGCUGUGAGAUAUAAGGAUUUAUUAUGAUUCUGGGGUUUGUUUUCUGUACUUAAAGUGUCUCUGAUACCAGCCUUCUUUUUUCUGUUUUUCUUUUUGUUUAUCUUCAGGCAAAAUGUUUCCAAAUCUCUGCUGGGAUACUAUUCCCAAGAACAAAUUGUAAAGUUUUUGAGUGGCCAAAAAAGUUUUUCUUGUUCUGUUUUUAUGCUUCAUUACAUUCACAGAUUUGGACUUGAAUGCCCAGCACUGUUAAAUAGGAGAGUGGCUGUGAGUGGGCCUUGAGUAUAUAAGGUUUUCUUGUUGAUUACUGUAGAAAAAAACUUUUUAUUUGGAUGUAAAAGAGUAAAAGAUCAAAAAGGUUUAAGUCCUCAAUUCCACAUUGAGAGAUAGUAUUUUGUAGAGCAUCAAAGACAAAGGAUGUGAAACGGAAGAAAAAGGAGCGUUUGAGCAUUGAACUCCUUUCAUGUUAUGUGAGCAGAGGCUCAGGUGUUCCUGUCUGCUGUUACUCGCUCGGUUAAGUAACGCGCUGUCAUCUUAUCUGUAAGUGCUGCUUCAGCUUCAACCCGUAAUCCGGGGCAAAACAUGUCAUAUAGGAAACAGCUGAAGUGUGUUAAAAAACAUUUACAGCGCUUCAGCAACAUCAAAGUGCAGAAAGAUACCAAAGUCUGAAAAUGCACUAUUUCACAGGUGUAAAGCUGAGAUCUAUUACUUUCCACUAUGCCGCAGCAUUUGCUGCUUUUACGAAUAAUUUUUUACUCUGUGUUAUCACUAUCAUGUUUUCUGUCAUUUGCCAAACCACAUUUCAUAGAACUGCUUUAGAGCAAUCCUUUAUACUUUAAUUUUACAGGUUUUAAUUUUUUAAAAAUUUCUUACUCAUUAUUUGAAUUUUCUCAUUAACCCAUGCUGUUGAGCAAUGCAACUAUUUUUUAAAAUUUCUGUUAUCUGUAUCAUGGUGAACUUUUGUUUUGUAUUGCAGUAGGUGAGGGCUAAGUAAAGAGGAGAAGCAUGCCA